AAUUUCCUGCUAAACUGAAAAAGCCCUAAAAUUAUAUCAAUUGAAUUCAUCAGCCUUCAGAGAGAACAAAGAAACUCCUCUCCCAAUCGCAACCCUCCGGCUCCGGCUCCGGCUCCGGCUCCCGGGACAACGAGAAGAGUCCAGAACCCGGCACUGAUCAAAUUUUAUUUGUGGGGGCAAACAUCAUAUGGAGGAGUGACAGAAUUGAGAGUCCACCUCACGAGAUAUACAGGACCCUCUCUGCAAGGGGUUUCAAGAACAUAUAAGGAAUAUAAAAACUGGACAGGGAUGUGGUUAUGCAGUGCAAAACGCUUUCGAUCUUUAGACGCUUUGAGAAAAUUCACAGAAUCACCAUGGCUUCUUCCAUCCUGUUCCUUUUCAGACACUCCUUACAAGAAGUCAAAGCUUGCCCCUUUACAGGAGAGGAAAAUGGUAGACCGGUUUAGGUUAUGGGCCAAAGGAGGUGAUGGUGGCAAUGGUUGUUCCAGUUUUCGCCGUAGCCGACAUGACCGCCAUGGUAGACCUGAUGGUGGGAAUGGUGGAAGAGGUGGUGAUGUGAUACUAGAAUGCUCCCCCAGAGUAUGGGACUUCAGCAGUCUGCAACAUCACAUUAAUGCAAAGAGAGGGGGACAUGGAACUUCAAAACAUAAAAUAGGAAGCCGAGGGGCAGACAAGGUUGUCCAAGUACCUGUUGGCACUGUGAUUCAUCUUGUAGACGGUGAAGUUCCUUCUGUAGUUAAAAACAUUUCUUCCACAGCUUUGGAUCCCUGGGAAAUUCCGGGUACACUCAAUAUAAAUCCAUCUGAAUCUACUCAGAAAUCGAACUCCUCUUGCCCAGGUGGGCUAGAGAUGGUGGAAACAGUGGAUAAGAAUGAACUAUCUUCUUGUUCUGGCAAAACUUUGGUGGAAUCAGCUAGUGAAAAGCUAGCCCCUCCAGCUUCUCUAGUUGAGUUUCUUCCUCAAUCUUUUCCUUCCCGUAAAAAAUCCAGAUGUCACACGGAAAAUUUGGACUUUUGGAAGGAGGAAGGUGGGGUUGAGUUGGAAGGUCUGGAGACUCAUAGUGACAUGUCUGAUGCCGAGUGGGAAGAAGAAAUAGAGGAAAAUGAACACAUACAAUAUAAUGUUGCAGAAUUAACAGAAUCGGGUCAAAGAAUUAUUAUUGCUCGUGGAGGGGAAGGAGGCUUAGGUAAUGUGUCUUCUGCAAAAGUGUCUAACAAAAAUAAUCCUAUGAAGCACGGGGUCCAAAAGGGUAAUGCUGAUGAUCUUGAAGUGUCUGAUGAGGAACCUUCAUCGCUUAGUGCUGGUUUGCCUGGUUCAGAGGUUGUUCUUGUCUUAGAACUCAAGAGCAUUGCUGAUGUAGGCCUUGUGGGGAUGCCAAAUGCUGGAAAAAGUACUCUUCUAGGGGCUAUAUCAAGGGCUAAACCCAUAGUCGGCCAUUAUGCCUUCACAACUUUAAGGCCAAAUUUGGGAAAUCUAAAUUUUGAUGAUUUCUCAUUCACAGUGGCAGACAUUCCGGGGCUUAUAAGGGGAGCCCAUGAGAAUCGGGGACUUGGUCAUGCUUUUUUGCGUCACAUAGAACGUACGAAAGUUCUUGCUUUUGUGGUAGACUUGGCAGCUGCAUUAGAUGGUAGAAAAGGAAUCCCGCCGUGGGAACAGUUGAGAGAUUUGAUAUUAGAACUUGAAUUUUAUCGAGAGGGUUUAUCAGAUCGACCAUCCUUAAUCGUGGCAAAUAAAAUUGACGAGGCAGGGGCUGAACAAGUGUGUACAGAGUUAAAAAGAAGGGUUCCUGGUGUUCCUAUUUUUCCUGUAUGUGCGGUUCUGGAGGAAGGGAUUCCUGAGCUAAAAGAUGGUCUUCGGAUGCUUGUGAACGGUGGAGAAUCUUAUAGACUAAAUUUAGAUAGUAUUAUAAUCGACUAAUUUGUUAGUGGAGAAAUGCCUUGGACGGGUGCUGGGGGUCACCCCCCACUGGGGGUCCCCAGCACUGUUGAUGAAUGGCAUUGAUUAAAUGUACCCAUUGGUGUCAACUGAUAGUUAAUUGGAAUUCCUUUGGGGUGGACAUUUUCCCCAAAGUUUACUGAGAGUUUGUUUAUGGAAUUGCUGACAAUGCUGUAAGAUAUCUCUGCUUGUUUGUGUUGUGCACAUCGUCGCGAAGAGAGCUGUAAGUUGGUCUGUGUUAAUUUAUAUUGCACACAUAAUAAGCGUAACAAAUUUUUGUACCAAGAUCUAAUUUACUUAGUUAUUCAUUUUGAUUAAUUGGCUUUUAUUUAUUUAUGGCAAUUGUUUUGUCAUAUACACUGUUAUCAUUGCUAGUCUAAAUUAAACAUCAUGAUUGGCACAGAA